CAUUCGAUGGAUUAUGGUGCUAGUCUGGGGGACUACCGUCGUACGAGUUAUUAAUAUUAAGUUUCUGUCUGAUCGCUGAAAUUUUUAAACUGACUAGAUUAGCGUUACAUUUUUCAUCGAUACUAGAUAUGUAUAGUAUUUUAUAUUAUGUAAAUAAGAUAUUUAUUUGCCAAAAGGAACUAAAAUUUUAGCAAUAUACAAUGGGUUGUGUAUGGGUUGGUCUGGCGUGUCUCUUGGCGCUCAUCCUAAGUUUCUUCUCCAAGUCCCCACAUCAGCUUAAAAUGGCAAUUUUCAUUAUUGGUUCUGGUACUAUCGUACUUAUUUGCAUACCUCUCAUGAUGCUUAAGCCGCGGGACUAUCGAAACGCGCUUAUACCUGCAUGGGGCUGUCGACAGUUUUGCAAAGCGUUGGGCAUUACAAUGGAGGUACGAGGUCUUGAAAAUAUUCGGGCGGAACACGGCGCUGUUGUGCUUAUCAAUCAUCAAAGCUUCUUUGAUUUGUGCGGUUUAGCAUAUUUAUGGCCAGUAAUUGGGCGAGCAACGGUAGUGUCAAAAAAAGAAGUUCUCUUCUUUCCUUUCUUUGGGUUCGGUGCUUGGCUGUGGGGGACUCUUUUUAUUAAUCGUUCCAGCAAGAAGGAUUCCAUCAGUGCACUGCAGAAAGAGUCCAAGGCUAUCCAGGAACGGAAUUGUAAACUAUUAUUCUUCCCAGAGGGCACGCGCAACAUUAAAGAAACAUUACUGCCAUUCAAAAAAGGUCCCUUCCAUAUUGCUCUUCAAUGUCAAUGUCCUAUCCAACCUGUUGUUAUAUCUAAAUAUAAUUUUUUAAAUCGUGAGAAGAAAACGUUCCGUCCAGGACACGCCAUCAUUCACAUCUUACCUGAAAUUCAUACAGCUGGAUCUGCUGUAGAGGAUAUGGAUAAAAUUAUUGAAUCUACAAGAAAUGCCAUGGAGAUUGAGUAUAAAAAAUUAUGUCAAGAAAUACGAAGACUUGGACAUUAGUUAAUUAAAAAGUAUAUACAUAAAUACAGAUAAACGUUCAUAAUAUAUGUACAAUUUUGGAUAUACAUAUUUAUGUUCAGGGGUUUCCAGUAAGAGUGAUAUGAUUCCUUUAAAAAACACUCACUAAGUGUUAAGGAAGUUCAAAUGCUUUUUAUUCAAUUUGAAGUACAAUUGAUACAAUUAUAUUCCUAACAUAACAUUAUUUAAAUGGCCUCACUUCUUUUACAAGAACGAAUUCGAUUAACCCAAUUUUGGAGCACUUAUUCCAUUAAAUCAAGUCGUAUAUCAUGAAUAGCACGUUCAAUAUU